AAACGCUGAGUAUUAUGGGUCAGGGUUCACCUGCAAUUCUUUCAGUGAACGGCUUUUCGAAUGUAUCACCUAAAUAGAAACGGUGCUGUUGGAAGAGGAAAGCUCGUGAAAUAGCGGACAAUCAGAAAUAGCAGAAUAAUUUGCGGACUGUUCAGGCAGAGAAGCGAAAGUUUGAGGAUAUGAGUUGUGGAGGCAGAAUGCUAUUGGUGUUGAUAUUAUCAAAUAAUUUGAGUUUUGUGGUAACAAACUUAUGGAGUGGGAUAAGAAUGUAUUUGGGAAUGCGAGGAAAUCUAUUGAACAGGUGUCUGACAAGAUAGCAUUUUUGCAACAAUCUCAGACUGUAGAUCUUAUUGCUAAGCCUCAGGAUUUGAAUGGCCACCCAACACAUUUGCUAAUGGAUGAAGAAACAAUGUGGAUGCGGCGUUCCCGGGUAAAUUGGAUAAAGGAUGGUGAUAAAAAUUCAGGCUUCUCUCACCAAAAGGCGACUCAACGCAAGCGUCAGAACCGAAUUGAUAGCUUAAGGGAUCUUACAGGAAAUUUGGUGAGGGAGCAGGAUCAAAUUGAGGAGGUGUUUACCAAUUACUUUUAGGAUUUAUUUACUGCCAGGGACCAUCUGGACUUGCAGCUAGUGAUUGAUAAAGUAGACAAGCGAGCGUCGGAUCAGAUGAAUCAAUAACUCAUCAAGACUUGCAUGGUAGAGGAGAUCCUCAUAGCUUUAAAGCAGAUGCAUCCCACCAAGGCACCUGGCCCUGACGCUUUCAAGCCAAUUCAAGGAUUAAGGCAAGGGGAUCUUAUUUCUCCGUAUUUGUUUUUGAUUUGUGUAGAGGGUCUAUCGUCUCUUCUGAAACAUGCCAAGCAAAUGGGCAGACUGCAUGGUGUAAAAUUGCCAGCUCCUCCAGUCUCACACCUUUUCGUUGCAGAUGACAGUCUAUUGUUUGGCAGAGCUACUCCUGAUGAGGCGGAUGCAAUUAGGAGCUUGCUAACUACAUAUGAAAGGGCUUCUGGCCAACAAAUAAACGUUGAAAAAUCUGAGUUGACUACUAGCAAAUGUGUCUACAGCCAUCUUCGCAGUGAACUUCGAGGAAGAAUUGGUGAUCGACAGGUGGAUCAAUCGUCAAAAUACUUGGGUUUACCUUCUGUGCUCUGGAAAUCAAAGAGAAUUGUUUUUCGUCAUAUUAAAGAUCGAGUAUGGAAUAAAGUGAAGAGCUAGGCCAAUAAUUCUUUAUAUGUUGCAGGUAGGGAAAUUAUGCUCCAAUCUGUCCUGCAGGCGGUCCCUACAUAUGUCAUGAGUUGCUUCUUGCUUCUAGAUCAUUAUGUCAAGAAUUAGAACAGUUGGUUGCCUUUUUCUGAUGGGGUCAACAAAAUAAGCAUCGAAAAAUUCACUGGCUUAACUGGGUUAAACUAUCAAAGGCCAAAAGCAAUGGUGGUUUGGGUUUUCUCGCAUUAUUGUUUAAGCAGGUGAGGUGUCUACUUUGCUGUCCAAACUCCUUUGCAUCUCGUGUUCUUAAGGCUAGAUAUUUUUCUACUGGUUCUAUUUUAUCUGCUCAAUUAGGACACCGCUCAAAUUACUUGUGGCGUAGUAUCUUGAUUGUGCAUGAUGCUCUGCCUUUAGGUUUAUAUUGGUGUGUGGGUGAUGGUUGCUUAAUUAAUAUUUGGGGCGACACAUGGCUUCCAGACCAGUCAGGAGGGAAAGUAUGGUCGCCGGUGCAAACUAUCCGGGCAACAGAUACUGUUUCCAAUUUAAUCACAGAUGGUUGUGGAACGAGCAGUUAAUCAGAGCCAUGUUCUUAACCUUUGAGGCGGAUCAAAUUUUGCAAAUUCCUUUGAGUAUCUAUAGGCCAGCUGAUCGAGUAUACUGGAAAGGAACAAAAAAAGGAUUAUUCACUAUUCGUAGUGCCUAUUACUGGUUGCAUGAACAGUGCAAAUCUGAUAUUCAGGGUCCAUCAUCAUCAUCUAUGUCUGCUUGGCCCUGGAAGAAAUUAUGGGCUCUUAAAAUUCCGCCUAGGAUUCGGGCUUUUUUCUGGCGGCUGCUAUAAGAUAUUUUGCCCACGAAAGUUAACCACCACUAUCGUGGUAUGGAUGUUGAUGUGUUUUGUUUUGUGUGUGGCAUUGAUCCUGAAUCUGCUGAUCAUCUAUUUGCAAGCUAUCCACCAGUGUCACGCCUUUGGUAUGUUAGCCCUCUGCGCAUUCAUUUGGCUAACUUAGGCCUCAGUUCAGGUACUCAACUUUUUCACCCUGUGCUUGCCAAUUUCGACUCAGAUGCUAUGGAACUUUUUGUUAUUUUGGCUUGGGGUAUAUGGAAAGCUCGCCAUCAGCUCAUUUUCUUGAACCUGCACUUUAAUGCCUUACGAAUCAUUACCUCAUGUAUCAGUUUGAGAAAUGAAUAUCUUGAUGUAGCAUGUACUUCUCAUUCAGAUCAUCAGGAGGUUAAUACCACUACAAACUGGUCUUUCCCUUCUCCCCAGUGCUACAAUCUGAAUACUGAUGCCAGUGUAUCUUCGUUGGGAGUGGUUGGUCUACGUGCAGUAAUUCGAAAUGACAAGGGAGAGGUCAUGGUGGCAAGUGUGAAAUCUAUUUUUGCUAAUUGGGAUCCAACACUGGCAGAAAUUCACGCUAUUAAGUUUGGGCUUGAUCUGGCUAUACAAACUGGUUUCAGUAAUUUACAAGUAGAAAGUGAUGCUCUUGGCACUGUCGAUGCUCUUCGUGGUAGUCAGCUGAUCUCCCCACUUCAUUCUCUUCAUGUUGGGGACGUGCUCUAUGUUGCCUAUAGUUUUGUAAAUUUGAUUCGCAUAAAUAUGUGAUUUUUCGUUUAAUAUGAAAUAAAAUAAUUUGAUAAUA